AUGUCGAUGCAAAUGAUAAUAACACCCAAGCAAAAAUAUAAUCCAAAUGUACUAAAACAAAUUAAAAAAGUGAAUAGACUUCGAGGAGAACCAAAAAAUUCAUAUAAAUUCGAUCCAACCAAAUAUAAAGAAAUAGAAUUAUUUAUAUAUCAUCAAAGACCCAUAUUAUAUAAACCAGCAAAUGGUAUAAGAUACUUUUGGAAAGAAUCAUUACCAACAUUAAGAUAUCAUAACCCCGAAAUACAAUUUACAGUAAAUAAUAUAACAAUUGAACAAGAAGAAGAUUUAUCAAAAUUACCAUUAAAAUUAAAAAUUCAUGGAAUAAAUUCAAAAGAUGAUUCACUUAUAGAAUGUGCAAGUAAACCACCUCAUAAAAUAUUUAGUGAAUUAAUAAAUUUAACAAAUGCUAGACAAAUGACAGUUGAUGAAAUACCUAAAAUAGAAUUAAAACCUGCAAGUCAUUUUAUGAUGAUAAAGAAAGCAAGAAGAGAACAAAGAGAAAAAGAAGAACAAGAAAGAUUAGCAAAAGAAUCUCAAAUUAAUGAAUAA